AUGAUCAACCGGAAGAGAUCAGAUUUACUCAAAUAUAAUUACAAGUCUGAUUAUCGCAGAAAUCAUAAUCUCAAUAAUAGAAGAUUCUUUUCAGAAUACGUCUAUUUUCCAAUUCUAAAUACAAAAUCCAAUGAUUCAAUUUUAUAUAAUAGCUCAAAUAAUUUAAAUUUCAAAGCGAGACUCAAGAUCCCUAUAUUAAAAUCUCCAUCCCAUUUUGGCCAUGCAACCUCUCGAGUUAAUAGAGUUUAUAAUGAAGACAAAUUAUCAGCUGCAGUCUUACAUUUGCCCUUAAAUAUCUACAAUAAAAACAUAACGAAUAUCAUUCAUAGUAACCACCUUCAUGAUAUAAAAGAACAAGCUCUAAGAGUCUUUAAUUUCAACAUCUUUGACGGCCAUGGCGGAAUUCAAACAGCAAAUUAUUUAUCUAAAAAUUUAUCCAAAACCAUUGAAAGUUUUCCAAUCAAUAACUUAAAUGAAUCGUAUUUAAAAGACUUGAUAUCCCUAUAUAUUAAAAAAAUCGGCGGAAGUUAUUGGAAAAGAUUUUAUAAUAAAUUGGAUUUAUUUUAUAAAAAAAACUUUGACAAAAAUUUAAACCAAUAUGAUGAUUUAAAUCUAAGAUUGCCCUUGGCUUUUUUAACUUUAGAUUUACAAUUAUUCGAAGUAACAAAAAAUUAUGUCAACAAUAAAAAUAAUUUAAAUAAUCCAAAUCAUAACGAUAAUGAAAUUAAUAACACCACUACCAUCAAUGAACAAAAUUUGGAAAGCUCAGGUUCAACCUCAACUUCAGUCUUUAUUUAUAAUUUGAAUCCUAACGACAAUAAAAUUUAUUUUGAGGAAAACACCGUCAGCAAACUCAUAAUUUCUCAUAUUGGCGAUACGAAAGCAAUAAUUUGCGAUAAAUAUGGUUCAGCAAGACCAUUAACUUCAAAUCAUCAUCCUUCAUCUCCUGUUGAAGCAACUCGACUAAGUACUUUUUCUUCAUCCUUUUUCACCGAUUCCUUUGGAGAAGAAAGAUUCCUAAACUAUGCCAACACAAGAGCUUUUGGCGAUUUUGUAGCAAAAUCAAAGGGCAUUUCUGCCGAACCAGAUAUUCUCAGUUUUAUAAUUGGUGAUUCUAAAUUGAUCAAAGAAAAAAACAACUACAUCAACCAAACUGUCGGCAAAAUCGGUGGUGACGAAUCAUUUUUAAUAUUAUGCUCUGACGGUGUCACUAACCAUGUAACUGAUCAAGAAAUAGUCGAUUUGGUAAUGAGCACUGCUAAUAGAGGAAUGAAAAGAGGUUCCCCACAAUUUUGCGCAGAAGAAAUAGUCAAGUUUGUUGAAGCAGUUGGUGGUGAUGAUAAUGCCACUUGCUUGGUGAUAAAACUAAAUGGUUGGGGAAAAUGGCCUUUAGUAGAUCGAACAGGAAACUUAAGAGAAGAAAGAUUAAAAGAUGGUCCAAGAAGAAGAUAA